AUGGACCCUCGCAGCCGCCGCCGCUCCGCGUCGCCGCCGCCGGACACGGCCUCCCCGACGGAGGACGAGAACCUCCUCCCCGAGCUACUCCUCCGCCUCCCCGCGCGCCCUUCCUCUCUCCUCCGCGCCUCCCUCGUCUGCAAGCGCUGGCGCCAAGUCGCCACCGACCCGCAAUUCCUCCGCCGCUUCUGCGCCCACCACCGGGAGGCCCCCAUCAUCGGCGUCUUCCUCGACUUCUACCGCGGCGAGCUCUCCUUCCGGUCCGUCCUCGACCCGCCGGACCAGAUCCCGACCCGCCGCUUCUCCCUGCGGCUAGACGGCAUCGACGGCGGCUGCAAGAGCAACACCGGCACCUGGUCCUUCCGCGGCUGCCGCCACGGCCUCGUCGUCCUCACCGGCGGGGACCACCUCGGCAGGGGCUGCCGCCAGGUCCUGGUCUGGGACCCCGUCACGGGCGAGCAGCGCUUCAUAGCCGGCCCGCCGCCGCACCUAAACCACGACUGGGGCAACGCCCACGUGCAGGCGGACGUGCUCUGCGUCGCCGCCGCCGGCGGCGACGACGGCCACGUGCACGGCGCCUGCCACUCGACCCCCUUCAAGGUGGUCCUGGUGAGCGCCCAGAAGCACGUCGCCCGGUCCUGCGUCUACUCGUCCGAGACCGGCUCCUGGGGCAGCACCAUGUCAACCAAGGUGCAGCACCACACCAUGUCAUGCAUCGGCAGCCGAAGCAUCCUUGUCGGGAACUCGCUCCACUGGCUUAUCUUUGGCUCUGGGACCGGCAUGCUCGAGCUUGAUCUGGACACGCAGAUCCCAGCUGCGGUGGAGCUUCCAGAGGACGCCAUUGAUGGCCACCACGGCCUGUACCUGAGCACGCUGGGUGGCGGGGUUGGCUUCAUCACCGUGUCGGACAACUACGUGGCUCAACUAUGGCUGAGGACCACCGGUUUUGAUGGCGCCGCUGAAUGGAUGCCGGCGCAAGCGAUUGAGCUGGGCAAGCUUCUUCCACUGAGGCCUGGGGAGUGGACGAAUCUCCAGACGGUCAUGGGGGUUGCUGGGGACGACAAUGUGAUAUUCGUGUCGACAAACAGAGGCGCCUUCAUGGUUCAUCUCGAGACAAUGCAGUUUAAGAAAAUCUUUGACCGCAAUCCUUUUGCCGAAUGUACUACCUCCACUAUCCACCCGUUCUCAAGUUUUUUCGCUGCAGGCAGUAGCACGCCUCAACAUUGAAAAGUAUCAGUAACAGACAUGUAGUACUUCUGGAAGCCUUUCCUUGUCCUUUUGUUUUUAGACUAGCAAUUUGUUUUAGAAAUUUGUUUUUAUAUCAAAUCAUACCAUUUGUUUC